AUGGCUUCCUUACAAAACAAACCUUUAGAAACCAAAGGCUACAAGUUCCAAUACAUUUCCAUCUUACCAUCCGACCAAGAUCAAGAAGCUUGUAAGUUCCCAGUCAACAUCAACUGGGCUCAAUUCAUCAAAGACAACAAGACUGUUGUCAUUACCGGUGCUCCAGCUGCUUUCUCCCCAACCUGUUCUGUCUCCCAUAUUCCAGGUUACAUUUCCAAGCAAAAGGAAUUAUUAGCUAAAGCCGACCAGGUUGUUGUCUUGACGGUUGACAACCCAUUCGCUAACCAAGCUUGGGCCAAGAGCUUAGGUGUCAAAGACACCACCCACUUCAAGUUUGGUAGUGAUGCUGGUUGCCAAUUCAUCAAAUCCUUAGGCUUAGAAUUGGCUGUCGGUGACGAUGUCUUCUGGUCCGGUAGAUGGGCCUUGGUCGUCAAGAACGGUGUUGUUGUCUAUGCUGGUAAGGAAGAAAACCCAGCUACCGACGUCACUGUUUCCUCAGUUGACAGUGUUUUAGCCCACUUAUAA